AUGGUUGUCUAUCCGUGGCUUAUAUUAUCAAUCGCUUUCAUAGCAAUCUUCUUAGUCAUACCAGUGAUCAUAUUCUUGAGCCUAUAUGUGACCGCUUUAGUGAUGUAUGUCUAUAGGCAUCGGCAAAAACUGGACGCCAAACGGCUAUUAAGUAAUCAAACCAAAUGGAAAAGUCUAUUAUAUGUGAUUGUAAUGCUAUGGGAAGCUCACGGAUACUUCUGGCACUCGUACGAAGUGGACGGACUCGACCGCAUACCCAAUGAGGGUCCGGCACUUAUAGUCUACUAUCACGGCUGUAUACCUCUCGACCACUUCUAUUUGAUGACCAAAAUAUUGCUCUACAAGAAACGAUUUGUGCGAUCAGUUGGCGACCACUUUUUAUUCAUGCUUCCGGGCUCUAAGACCUUAAUGAAAGAGCUAAAAGUACUGACCGGACCCGUCGACCAGUGCGUUAAGCUUCUUAGUGAAGGAGACCUGUUAUCGAUAGCGCCGGGCGGUUGUCGUGAAGGACUAUUUGGUGAUAAUCUGUAUAAACUAAUGUGGAAUAAUAGGUCCGGCUUUGCAAAAGUGGCCUUCGAAGCGAAAGUACCCAUAAUUCCGGUCUUCACACAAAACCUUAGGGAAGCAUUCAUUGCCGUCAAGUUAUUUCAAUGUAUAUUAAAACCAUUGUAUGAAUGGACACGUCUUCCAGUUAUACCAUUUUAUGGUGGAUUUCCCGUUAAAUUAAAGACAUUUGUGGGAAAACCGAUUCCUUAUGAUCCGAAGAUAACACCCGAAGAAUUGGCUCAACAAACCAUGAAUGCUGUCGAAGAGUUAAUUCGUCAAAAUCAAAGAAUUCCCGGCAAUAUUUGGGAUGCAUUUUGUGAUAGAUUUUAG